GGCUAUAAAUCCACACAACAUGAUGUUGAUAAAAUUUCCAAAGUCUCUGAUGAUUAGGAUCUAUCUUGUUUUGUCAUCUUUCUUCCUUAUUAUUUCUGCUGCCUUCCUUCUCCUAUCUCCUUCAGCUUUAGAUAGUUCUGUCAUAAAUCCUUGCACAUCCCAUAAGUGCCUUCACAUGGUCGAAACUAGCUACCAUACGAAGGCAAUGCAAGACGAUGUAAAAUCAUCCAUCCAAUCAUAUCAACAUGCUCAAAAGUCAAAGACGCCUAAUUUCUUGAUUAAUGACAUGGAAAAAGGCAUGAGGAUUGGAAUGCUAAACAUGGAUAGAGAGGAUUUUAGUCAAUGGAGUGUUUUCGGGGAACUAAUCCCAAUCUCCUUCAAAAAAGUCUCCAAUAAUUUAAAGUGGGAGGACUUAUUCCCAAGAUACCUAAACGAAGAAGAAGAAAAGGAAAUCCAAUCACGUCCCAAGAUGCCAAUGCAGGAUUUUAACAAGUUCGAAUACAUGGACAUGGUGGUUGUGAAGAUACCAUGCAAGCAUCCGAAAGAGCGAUGGCAAAGAGACGUUUUCCGGUUGCAGUUGCACCUUGUGGCGGCGGAACUGGUGGUGAAGAGAGGGAGGGGGAGGACGAAGGUGGUGGUUGAGAGCAAGUGUAAGCCGAUGAUGGAGGUUUUCAGGUGCGAUGAUUUGGUGAAGGAAGAAGGUGAAUGGUGGUAUUAUAAACCGGACGUGAACACGUUGAAACACAAGAUUUCUUUGCCUUUUGGUACUUGUGAUAUGGAUUUGCCUCUUUCGGAGAAAGGUAUUAUAAACCAAGUGCAUGAAUUAAACCCCGAAAGCAAACUCACAAAACGUGAAGCUUACGCCACCGUGCUCCACUCAUCGGAAGCUUAUGUCUGCGGUGCCAUAACCUUAGCUCAAUCCCUCCUUAAAACAAGAACAAAUCGCCACCUCAUCCUCCUCAUCGACACCUCCAUCUCAAUCUCCAAACGCAGAGCAUUAGCAGCUGCAGGUUGGAUUAUACGUAUCAUCGAACGAAUCAGCAACCCACGAAGUCGCAACGACACUUACAACAGAUACAACUACACCAAGCUACGGCUAUGGCAGCUCACUGACUACCACAAGAUCAUCUUCAUCGACUGUGACAUGAUUGUCCUCCGCAACCUCGACCACCUCUUCUCUUUCCCGCAGAUGUCUGCGGCUAGCAAUUCGGAAUCGAGAUUUAACUCCGGUAUCAUGGUCAUUGAGCCCUCAAAUUGCACUUUCAUGCAUUUCAUGCGAAGUAUCAACGAAAUCACCUCGUACAAUGGCGGUGAUCAAGGGUUUUUGAAUGAAAUAUUUGUCUACUGGCAUAGAUUUCCGAAGAAGGUGAACUUUUUCAAGCAGUUUGUGUUAAACAGUAACGAGGAAGAAACUGUAAAUAACGAGUUGUUUGCGGCGGAUCCACCGAAGCUUUACACGAUACAUUACUUUGGACGGAAACCAUGGUUGUGCUAUAGAGAUUACGAUUGUAAUUGGGAUGUCCCUUAUUUCAGGAUGUAUGCUAGUGAUGUGGCAAACCGUAGAUGGUGGAAUGUUCAUGACGCCAUGGAUGAUAGCUUACAGAAGGAAUGUGAGUUGACGGAUUGGAGGAAGGAAGAGUUGAAGCGGGAUCGUGAAGCGGCUAAGAGAGCUGGAUUUGCUGAUAACCAUUGGCUGAUCAACAUUACUGAUCCCAGAAGCUUUGAUUGA